GAACACCUCCUCACGGACAUCUGGGAGUGCCCCCACUCAGCCGCCAGGGACGGGCUCCCGCCUGCAUCCUGACUGACCACCUGCUUCAGCCAAAUGGGGCCCCUCCUUGCUGUAGCUUUCGGCAGCCUGACGAUUUCCUUGGAUCUGGAGACCCCAGAGAAACAAAGAUGCUAAUCACCAAACAGGCCGACUGGGCCAGAAACAUCCAUGAGCCCAAAGCUGCCGUGGAGAUGUACGUCUCAGCAGGAGAGCACCUCAAGGCCAUAGAGAUCAGCGGCGACCAUGGCUGGGUUGACAUGUUGAUUGAAAUCGCCCGUAAGCUGGACAAGGCUGAGCGCAAGCCCCUGCUGAUGUGUGCUCACUACUUCAAGAAGCUGGAUAACCCUGGCUAUGCUGCCGAGACCUACUUGAAGAUUGGUGAUCUGAAGUCCUUGGUGCAGCUGCACGUGGAGACCCAGCGCUGGGAUGAGGCCUUUGCUUUGGGUGAGAAGCAUCCCGAGUUUAAGGAUGACAUCUACGUGCCCUAUGCUCAGUGGCUAGCAGAGAAUGAUCGCUUUGAAGAAGCCCAGAAAGCAUUCCACAAGGCCGGGCGGCAGGGGGAAGCAGUCAGGGUGCUGGAGCAGCUCACACACAACGCCGUGGUGGAGAGCAGAUUUAACGAUGCCGCUUAUUAUUACUGGAUGCUGUCCAUGCAGUGCCUUGAUAUAGCUCAAGACCCUGCCCAGAAGGAUGCGAUGCUUUGCAAGUUCCACCACUUCCAGCACUUGGCUGAGCUGUACCAUGGCUACCACAUCAUCCACCGGUACACGGAGGAGCCAUUCAGUUUUCAUCUUCCAGAAACCGUUUUCAACAUCUCCAGAUUCCUGUUGCACAGCCUGACCAAGGACACCCCCUUGGGCAUCUCUAAAGU